CGGCCGCUCUCACACAUGCAGGCGUGGGAGAUCUCCCAUACGCGGAAGGACCCCAAGCCUGGCGAGCCCAAGUACUACGGCAAGAAGACCGCAGAGAGGAAGAAGGCCUACUCCGAAGCGUAUCUGGAGUUACAUCCUGACACACCUGACCCCAUUGCGGCGCCUCUGGACGACAUGGCGGUGGUGAGGAUGGGGCCCAAGGAGCACGGUCGGGAGGCGGUUCUCGAUGCUGUGAUCACUCCUAGUAUCUCCUACACACAGCUUCGUCGGAUCGACCCGAGCCUGAGCCAGCGCACGAGCCAGCCAGUGACUAGUACACAGUACCUCUUUCAGGAGCAACAAUCUGCCUACAUGGAGUACACACGCCAGGAGACCAUGGCGUGGCAUCAGAGGCUUUAUGAACACCAAGUGCAGAGGGAUAGCCAGAUGCAGCAGGCUUUUCAGGAUAUGGUGGCUGGCAGGUGUCCUCAUUCCCUCCAGCACAAUGCCCUCCAGCACAACCAGUGCUGA